AUGGGUUUAUUGGAUGCUAUAGUGCUGCAAGCAGUUAAAGUCGAUCCAGUGGAGAGCGUUCUAGCCGGCCUAGGCUUAGAAUUCGGCUUAGGCUUAGGCUUAGGCAUACAAUUAGGCUCCGGAGCAAAUUAUAUAAGCAGCUUAGGCUCCGGAGCAAAUUAUAUAUGCAGCCAGAUGUUUGGGCUGGGUUGGGCUGGCUGGCCAGAUGGCGGCUGA